UUCACAGCCUCACCAUUAAAUCCCCAAACGUCAUCUUCAUAUAUAUCAUCCUUUCCUCCCUUAGCUUGCAACUGUCAUCCACCUCCAUUCGGAUCAAACAAAAUCUUUCUCUGUUAACUUGGGAUUUUGUUUGCUUGUCUUUUUCUUUUUAGAUAAUUCAAUAACUUGGUGCAGACGAAAUACUGUUUACAUCUUCUAUGAUUUAUCCUGAGAGUGUUAGACUACGUGAAGUCUAAUCAUACUCUACACUCAUCCUCCUCUCGCCAAUCACUUUCUGCAGAAAGGGAUUUCAGGCAGCGGGUCUUCUGAGUACGUGAAAAGGUGUGAGAUCAACUCGUACUCGUACUCAAAAACCCGCGAAAGGUUGAAACCCAAGAUAGGACCUUCACCUUGAAAGGUUGAGCAGAUGACACCAAUAAAAGGUAUUGAGAAACAAGGUAUACUCACCAUUCUUGGUUCUGAUAUUAAACCAAUAGCCUCCUUAAGGAAAACGCUUUCAGCUGAUAUGUCUUCAAAGAAAUGGCUGUUACAAAAUGGGGUUUUCUCCAUGAAGAAGAUUGCAUCAUCUGAAGAACUAGUGAUCAACGGUGCUUAUUCAUCUUCUUCGUCAGAAAGUGAAGAAGAAAAUGAUGAAAAUAUUCCAGGACAAAAUGAAAUUUGGAGGUCAAUUCAAUUACAGAAAGAGAAGAAAAAUAAUCAGACGGAUCAAAAUCCAUCUAGAUUAGAUUGUUGGGGUUCAAUUCUAUCUCAAAAGAACAAUCAAGAUACAUCCAAGAAUUCUCCAACACUUUAUGUUCAUCCUCUUGUCAAAAGAUCUGCCAGCAAUAUUUUAAGUCAAAAAAGUCUUGAAAUUUGUACUGAAAAUCUUGGAUCAGAAACUGGUUCAGGUGGUUUUUCCUUGUACCCUCCUAAAACAGAAAAUUACUGCCAAGAAAAAGCGUCCAAAUCCUUCGGAGAUUUUAAUGUUGUCAAGUACAAAACAGUGCCCCCUCGGCCAUUUCCCCCUCCAAUUCCUUCCUUUGGUGAUGGCAACGGAAAUUCACUUCGUAUGCACUGCCACCGCCAAAAUGGGAGGUUAAUUCUUGAAGCUGUGUCCGUUCCUUCAAGAAACUGUUUCCAGGCUCGCCGCCAGGACGGCCGCCUUCUCCUCACUUUGAUCAAUCCACCAAGUUUUCGGGAGGCAGCCAUGAAGGAGAAGGUGGCAGAACCGGCAGAAGUGGAAGAGGAGGUGCAGUCUAUGAUUGAGCAGAAUCCAAAAUUAGUAGAUGUGAUUAUACGUGUGGAUAAAUCAGGAUUGAUGGUGAAGAAGUUCUUGGGACUAAGAAACAAGAUGAAUCCAACAUGGUAUAACGAAGUCAACAAAACUGUCAAGUUAAUUGAGGUUGGGAAGGAGCUGCCACUUCCACCAUUGCCACCACCCAGAGUAGCUCAGCUGAUUUCCACACCACCAGCCGCUGCCACCACGUUCAAUGCCUACGAGUACUUCUGGCGGAACAAGACGAGCUUCAUCACUACUACAUCAUACAUUCCCAUAAAAAACGACCACAAGAUUUCCCAUUCCAAUGGUGAAAAAACAUAUGAACACCAAGAUUUGGUGCUCAUUAGCCCUUUGUUUAAGGGAUGCAAAGAACAAAGGAAGUCUCUAUUAAUUUGGGAGCCAAACUGCAUUGCCACCUCCUAAUAAUCAAGUUUUCUUGAAUCCAAACUUUUAAUUUAUCAAUUAUAAGUCCUUAAUUAUAAUCAUUACUCUUAAGUUUGUCACUCUUUCUUCUCUCUCAGAGAUUUGUAUAACCAAAUAAACAUGGAACCGAUACUUGAAAUUGUUUUAAACAAUGAGUGUUUAUGUAUUUAGCUGUUGCGACGGUUUUAGUUUCUUGGUAAUUUGCCUAUUUUUCUAGUGGAAUCUGUCUUGUUAUCA